AUGCUCGUGUCCCUCGAGUUGCUCACAGCCUUCCUGGCUUGUUUCUCAGUUGGAUGCGCAGCCCAGAUACCCCCGGACACUCCUCUCUCUGAAUUGCUCGCUUCUGCCAAAUCCUAUCUCGCGCAGGGCUCUCCACGGGACGCUGUGACAUACUUCGAUGCCGCAGUAUCGCGCGACCCAACCAACUAUAUUACAAUCUUUCAACGAGGCGCAGCUUAUCUGUCUAUCGGCAAGAACUCACAAGCUUCGAGUGAUUUCGAUCGGGUCCUGGAGCUCAAGCCAGACUUUGAGGGCGCGCUUCUCCAACGAUCCCGCCUCAAGGCUCGUUCUGCGCAUUGGGCAGAGGCUCUCCAGGAUCUAGAGCGGGCCGGAAAGAAGUUUACGGAUGACUAUAAAGAGUUGGAGGUUGCGCGGGAAGCUGCUGCUCUGGCUUUCGAGGCCGAGGAGCAAAAAAACUGGGAGACAUGUGUCUUGGAGGCAAAUGUGGCCAUCUUGAAGGCGAAUACUGCGCUUCCCCUGCGGCAGACUCGAGCUCACUGCCAUUUUGAAAAAGGCGAAACCGAAGAGGCAUUGAGCGAUCUGGCACACGUCCUGCAAAUGUCCCCCGGCUUGGUUGAGCCCCAUCUGCAGAUGUCUUCCAUGUUGUUCUAUUCCCUCGCUGACAGCGAUCGUGGACUUGCCCAGAUCCGUAAAUGUCUCCAUGCCGAUCCCGAUUCAAAACCUUGUAAUCGCCUGUAUCGAGGUGAGCGAAAGCUUGCCAAGCGAUUGGAAAAAUUACAUGCCGCUCUGGAAGCACGCAAGUUCAGCAAUGCGGCGAGUCUUUUGGUCGGGGACAGCGACUCGUCCGGGCUGGUCACAGAUAUCAGGACUGAUGUCGCGGAAGCACGAGAGGCUGGCCACAUCCACCACUUGGCACCCAACAAUCUUUACUCCAGCUUAGUCGAGAAGACUUGCGAAUCCUAUCGUGAGAUGCGGAUGAUCAAAAAGGCCGGCCCUUAUUGUGCUGAAGCCCUGCAGCUGAACCCUCAUUCCCUCGCUGGUCUUCUUUAUCAGGCACAAACCGCCAUUGAUGAGGAUCGAUUUGAGGAUGCCAUUCGGACGCUUGAUUCAGUCAAGGAACAUCAUCCCAGCUCUCAGGAGGCGCAGUCUCUCCACCAAAAGGCCCAGACUCUCCUGAAGCGCUCCAAGCAAAAGGACUACUACAAGGUUUUGGGUAUCAGCCGAGACGCGGAUGAUCGCACCAUCAAGCGAUCCUAUCGCCAGCUGGUCAAAAUGCAUCACCCAGACAAGGCUCAUUCCCAGGGUGUGAGCAAGGAACAGGCCGAGAAAAAAAUGGCAGCCAUAAAUGAAGCUUACGAAGUGCUGUCUGACCCUGAACUCCGGACUCGGUUCGACAACGGCGACGAUCCCAACGAUUCCGAGUCUCAGCAGCGUGGGAAUCCGUUCCAGGGCAGUCCGUUCGGGGGUCAACAAUUCUUCUUCCAGCAGGGAGGACCCCAAUUCCAAGGCGGAUUCAAGUUCCCAGGUGGGUUCCGCUAG